AUGUUGGACAUGACAAUGAGACGGCAAGUACUAUUGUUUGUCUCGUACCUCUCUCUCAGCUUGGUGUGCGGACAGGUCAGCUAUUCAAUUCCCGAGGAAAUGGCGACAGCCUCCUUCGUUGGUAAUAUAGCUCAGGAUUUGGGUUUGGAUGUCCGAAGACUGAAAUCUGGAAAGGCUCGCGUAUUUACUCGAGAUAGUGCAGAAUACAUCGAGCUAAACAGAGAAAGAGGAGUCCUGCUCAUAAAAGAGCGAAUAGACAGAGAGGCGCUUUGUGGACAAAUGACGCCUUGCGCUUUGCAUUGUCAGAUCAUAUUAGAGAAUCCAAUGGAAUUUUACAGUAUCAAUAUCGAGAUCAUAGACAUAAAUGAUAACCCUCCAACCUUUGAAACAGGCGAAAUUCACUUCAAUAUCAGCGAGUCUACGCUUAGUGGUACAACAUUUAUUUUAGACAGGGCUAUCGACCUUGAUGUCGGCCAAAAUGGUUUGAAAAACUAUGUCUUAAAACCAACGAAUGCAUUCUCUCUCAAAACCAAUAAUCAAAUCGACACGAGUAAAAACCUGGAGAUGGUUUUGCACACACUGCUGGAUAGGGAGAAAAACGAUCAUUUGUCUCUAGUUCUUACGGCAGUGGAUGGAGGCGAACCGCAGAUGUCAGGAACAAUGCAAAUUCACAUUACUGUUUUAGACGCUAACGACAAUGCUCCUGUUUUUACACAGCCUAUUUAUAAAGCCUCCAUAAAAGAAAAUGCGUCAGUCGGAACAGUUGUAGUGACAGUCACUGCAACAGAUGCAGAUCGUGGCUCUAAUGGUAUAAUAACGUAUUCAAUUUCAAAUACAUUUGAUCAUGCCCGCAGAAUGUUUGAAUUAAAUAAGGAAAGUGGCGACAUUAUUUUAGUGGGGAACCUUGACUAUGAAAAAUCGGGAAAUGUUCAAAUAAAUAUCCGUGCAAGUGAUGGUGGCGGACUAACUGGUUUCUGUAAAGUGGUUGUAGAUAUUUUAGACGUAAAUGAUAACAAACCUAAUAUCCAUAUAAUGUCUAAGUCAAAUGUGAUAUCGGAAGAUGCUAAAAUCAAUACUGUAGUAACAAUGAUAAAUGUUGAGGAUGCAGACUCUGGUGAAAACGGUAAAGUGAUUUGUUCCAUCAAUGACGACAUAUAUUUCAUAUUAAAGUCCACAUCAAAUAAUUUUUAUAGUUUAGUAACAGACAGUGAUUUAGACAGAGAGAGAUCCUCUGAGUAUAAUAUAACUGUGACCUGCUCUGAUGAGGGAGUGCCCUCCCUCUCCAGCAGCGUCACUCUCACCUUACAGAUCUCUGAUGUGAAUGAUAACGCGCCUGUCUUUGAGAGGAACUCAUAUGAGGCCUACAUUGUAGAAAACAACACACCAGGCCUCUCUAUAUUCACAGUGAAAGCCAGAGACGCUGACUGGAACCAGAAUGCCCGUGUUUCUUACAUACUGGAAGACUCCUCUGUUAACGGAGUGCCAGUCUCCUCAUAUGUGUCCGUUAGUGCUGAUAGUGGAGUCAUCCAUGCAGUUCGCUCUUUUGACUACGAGCAGAUCAAAGAUUUCCGGUUCCGUGUUAAGGCACAGGACGGAGGCUCUCCUCCACUCAGUAGCAAUGUGACAGUGAAAAUAAUGCUCCAGGAUCAGAAUGACAAUCCCCCUCAGGUUUUGUACCCAGUCCAGACGGGUGGCUCUCUGGUGGCUGAAAUGGUGCCUCGUUCAGCAGAUGUGGGCUAUCUGGUGACUAAAGUGGUGGCUGUGGAUGUGGACUCUGGACAGAAUGCCUGGCUCUCCUAUAAACUGCAGAAAGCCACAGACAGGGCGCUGUUUGAAGUGGGCUUACAGAAUGGAGAAAUAAGAACUAUCCGCCAGGUGACUGAUAAAGAUGCUGUGAAACAAAGACUGACUGUUAUAGUGGAGGACAACGGGCAGCCCUCUCGUUCAGCUACAGUCAUUGUUAACGUGGCGGUGGCGGACAGCUUCCCUGAAGUGCUGUCAGAGUUCACUGACUUUACACACGACAAGGAGUACAAUGACAACUUGACUUUUUACUUAGUGUUGGCUCUGGCCGUAGUUUCCUUCCUCUUCAUCACGUGUUUAGUGGUUAUUAUAUCAGUGAAAAUCUACAGAUGGAGACAGUCUCGCAUCCUGUAUCACUCCAAUCUCCCUGUGAUUCCAUAUUAUCCACCACGUUACUCAGACACUUUGGGGACAGGGACUCUCCAACACGUGUACAAUUACGAGGUGUGCAGGACCACUGACUCCAGAAAGAGUGACUGUAAGUUCGGCAGAGCUGGUAGUCAAAACGUGCUGAUAAUGGACCCCAGUUCUACAGGGACGAUGCAACGGAUACAGAGUGAAAAGAGCAUCCUGGAUGAACCUGACUCUCCUCUAGAGGUUUGA